CCACAGUAUUUUGUUCUGUUUUGCUUUGGUUUUAAUGAGGAUAAGAAGACCCAUCUUGUUCUGGAGGGACGGUUGGGACGCCUAGAGAACGGAUGAGUGUUCUCCAAAGAGGUGCUGCACUCCAGUAGCACAUAGGCCCGGACUAGAGGGGGUAGGGAUGCCCCAACUGCUGAGACAGUUCAUCUGCAGAGUGGCCCUGAAACAGCACAGGGUGGUCUUGCUGAGCUCGCUCGAACCUGUGGUGGAGGGAUCAUCAGGACUCUGCAUGUGGCCCCACCUUCAGCUCCCAACACCAGCCCAGAGGCCUCUCGCCCGCGCCCCUCCCGGGACCCACGUGACUUCCUGAAAGCCCAGGGCGCCGCCCCUCCUGUCCAGUUUCAUUUCCUUCGCUGCUACCCGAGCACCAAGCGCGGUGGUGUCGGCUGCUGUCCCCGCGCGUCCCGUCGGGUGCCCCCAGGAGCGCGAUGGCCGAGCUCUUUCCUCUGGCCGAAGAGCUGUCGUGCUCCAUCUGCCUGGAGCCCUUCAAGGAACCCGUCACCACCCCGUGCGGCCACAACUUCUGCAGGUCGUGCCUGGAUGAGACGUGGGUCGUCCAGGGCCCGCCGUACCGGUGCCCGCAGUGCCGCACGGUGUACCAGGUGCGCCCGCAGCUGCACAAGAACACGGUGCUGUGCGCAGUGGUGGAGCAGUUCCUGCAAGCCGAGCAGGCACGGACGCCGGUGGACGACUGGAUCCCCCCUGCCCGCUCCGCCACUUCCAGCUCAGCCACCCAGGUAGCCUGUGACCACUGCCUGAAGGAAGUCGCGGUGAAGACGUGCCUCGUGUGCAUGGCCUCUUUCUGCCAGGAGCACCUGAGACCGCACUUCGACAGUCCCGCCUUUCAGGACCACUCCCUGCAGCCACCGGUCCGCGACCUGCUGCGCCGCAAAUGCCCCCAGCACAACCGUCUUCGGGAAUUGUUUUGCCCCGAGCACGGCGAGUGCAUCUGCCAUGUAUGCCUGGUAGAGCACAAGACCUGCUCCCCUACACCCCUAAGCCAGGCCAGCGUCGACCUGGAGAGCAAACUGAGGCAUAAGCUCACCAUCAUGUACAGUCACAUCAGCGGAGCAUCCAAAGCGCUGGAGGAUGUGAGAGCCAAGCAGCAGAGUGUGCAGGACGCUAUGAACAGGAAGAUGGAACAGCUGAGACUAGAGUAUAUGGAAAUGAAAGCUGUCAUUGAUUCGGCGGAGACCAGCUCCACACGCAAGCUGAAGGAGGAGGAGAAGAGGGUCUUCGGAAAGCUGGAGACCAUCUACCAGGUUCUUGUCAAGAAGAGGAAUGAGAUGCAGAAACUGAAGGCGGAGGUGGAACUCACCUUGGCCAAAGCAGACGAAUUUGAGUUUCUGGAGAAAGCUGCAAAAUUGCAAGGGACGUCAACGAAACCAGUCUACAUCCCCAAGGUAGACGCAGACCAUGAGUUGAUAAAGGGGGUCUACCAGAGCGCACUGGACCUCAAGGGUGAGCUGAGGCGCUCCCUCAAGCAGCUACAGAAGAAGGUUGAGGAGUCCCCUGGCUCAGGUGACCUGGGAGAUCAGGGUACAGAGUCCACACCCAAGGCCACGCGCCCUGCGAAGAAGACCCCACAGGAAAAGAAGACCAAGAAAGCCUCUGCUCCUACUGGCCCCAGCCAAAGCUCUUCCCCAUCCAACAAGUUUCCCACCUUUGGAGCUCCUGGAGAGUCAAUGGACUUUAAAACAACUGUCCCUGAGGCCACACCCAAACCCAACACCCCACAGCCAAACUCUGCUGCACUCAAAAAUAAGGUCCUAGAAAACUUCUUAGCCAAGUCCAGAGCUGAGCUUCUGGAGUAUUUCGUUAAAGUUGUCUUCGACUACAAUACUGCUCACAACAAAGUGAUCCUUUCAGACAACUACACCACCGCUUCUGUGGCUGAUGGGCUCCAGCACUACCGGUCACAUCCCCAGAGGUUCACCUACUGCUCUCAGGUUCUGGGGCUGCACUGCUAUAAAAAAGGCAUUCACUACUGGGAGGUGGAGCUGCAGAAGAACAACUUCUGUGGCGUAGGCAUCUGCUAUGGCAGCAUGGAGCGGCAGGGCCCCGAGAGUCGGCUGGGCCGGAACGCCAACUCAUGGUGUGUGGAAUGGUUUAACAACAAGAUCUCUGCCUGGCACAACAACGUGGAGAAAACUCUGCCCCCCACCAAGACCACGCGAGUCGGUGUACUUCUCAACUGUGACCACGGCUUCGUCAUUUUCUUUGCUGUCACAGAAAAGGUCUAUCUGAUGUACAAGUUCAAGGUGGACUUUACUGAAGCCCUGUACCCAGCCUUCUGGGUGUUCUCUGCGGGUACCACGCUUUCCAUCUGCUCCUCCAAGUAGGCAGGCCACUAGGCCAGCCUCAGACACUUGGACUUGCUGGGGAACAUCCAAGACUGGUAAAAAACGCUGUAAGGGCGGGGGCUUCUACUUGGAGAACUUCUGAGUCCCCAACAGAUAUGAGAUUGGGAGGGGAGCUGGGGAAGAGGCAGAGAGAAUAAAUAGGGGAGAUUUGGCUCAGAAAGGGGUGGGGUGACUGUCUUGUGGGUGGGGAAGCCUAUCUACCUCCUGGUGCCCUGAGGGCAGGAUGAGCUCCUCCCAGUGUUCUGGGGAAUCUCAGGCUGCUAGCCACUGGGGCCAAGCUUCAGAGAGUAAAAUCAUUAGUGCCUCUGUUGUCUUACAGAAAAUCUGUAGCCAUGUUUUUUCUCCGGUGAUGGAUGGCUACUGUCUGGGGUAGCCUUCAGACCUUCGGGUUUUGAUUAUGCUCUAGAUUAAAAAAAAAAAAGCCAGGUGCAGUAGUACACGCCUUUAAUCCCAGCACUUGGGAGACAGAGGCAGGCAGAUCUUUAUGAAUUCAAGGCCAACCUGGUCUACAUAGUGAGUUUCAGGACAGCCAAAGCUACAUAGUGUGACCCUGUCUCAAAAAACAAUAACAACAAAAAAAUCCAGUUUUUGAGUUCAGUGUAUAUAUUCUGUCUCUGGCGCUAGGUAUUGAAUCCUACGGCCUUUCUAUGCUCUACUGCCGAGCUUCAUCUCUACUCUGAAUUUCCACAUAACCCUUCCUCCCAGGAACCUUUUGUAGAUAAGGCUUCAAACUCUGAUCUGAAUCUGCCUGUGUCGAUUUUUGUCAAGGUAACCCCCAUCCAGGUGAGAUGGAGCCUCUCCCUCUCCAAGGGGCAUCUCAGCAGGGACAUGUUGACCGUGGCCAUGGAGCUGGAGGCCUUUCUUCCCAUAGCCUGUGCUGGGAGUGGGGGUAGGGAAGCAGAACCUUGGCUGGCUUAAUGGGAGCCUGAUGGCUCUGCUCUUACUUAAUGUCUUGCCUUGACAUUAGUAAGUCGGCAGUAAUGUUCCCUCUCCUCUGGAUUGUAGAUACUGGGCUGUGGCUAUAAAGGCCACCAUUUGCCUUCCGUGGCUACUACAGUUAAGUGGCCAGCCACACCACAUUCCCAUUCCCUACCGUCAUGCAGAUGGGCUGUGUGUGGUUGCCGCAGGAGCCAUGCUAGAUCACCCACUGAGGUGACUACCUGUUGCCUGAGGGACCUGUGGGAGACAGCCGUAUUCCUGGUUUUCCCUAGCCACAGACUGCAGGCCCAGUGAUGAGUCCGAGACCCAUCUCCUAACCUGGUCCUUUCUGCUGUCUUCCUCAUUUGAGCCAAUUGCUGAUGCUCAUGUAGACCCAACUGUAGGUUAGGAGGACUUUUAAAGAUAAGAAAAACAAAACAAGGAAGGUCCAGCCAGUGGCUGUUUUUUCUGGAGUCUUUCAUGCAGUGAAAAUAGCCCAGACCACUAAAGGGUGGGGAUGGAUGACUGGGAUCCCCCCACCCUCCUUCUGUACUGAUGUCAAAUCCAGAAGAUAUGAGGAUUUGGCCUCAGAAUGACAGGAGUCCAGCUCUCUUUCCUAAGUGGGGCGCUCCCUCCUGUGCCUUCCUAUGAAGAAGAGAGGUCACCAUAGGGAAGGUAGGGCCCCUAGACCUUUCACAUGGAUGGAUAUUUGAGAGCAUAACUCAUCUCAGAUCUUGUAAUGGAAUUCCAGGACUCUUAGCAUUGGCAUUCCUGACAGAUGCGUGAUCUGUGUCCUCUCCCAGAAGAAUGUUCUGUUCUCUGGGAGCAUCUUUGCAGGGAAUAUGUCUCUGUGGAUGAUAUGUGGGCUUUGAAAGGUUUUUUUCCUUUGCUGCACAAAUUCUUGGUGAUGCUUCUCCGAAUUUGAAGAUGUCCAAAAGCAUCUUCACUGAAAUUCUGAAACAAAGCCUUGUUUGGAACCAAGUUAGACUUGGGAAACAUCUAGGUCUAGAGAAGUAGAAUGCCAAGGGUUAACUGAAGGGUCCCACUUGGGCUGUUCUGCAGAAAUGAGACCGAUAGCCAAGACUUCCUGGGCAGCUCAGGCUGGGAAGGCAUGUGUCUCUCUGUUUAUGAAAGAGCCAAGCAGGCGACCAAAGCCCAGAGGUGUUUGGAGUUGUAAGUGGAGGAGUGUACCCUUGCUCUCUGAUACCUUUCUGUUUGCAAUGGUAAGACCUUACCUUAACCACAAGCGUUUCUGGAAUCCGGUACCAGAGGGUCCUAGAAUGGACAGAACCUGUGUAUCCAUCUCACUUCUUCUUUUGCACCAUCAGGAAGGUAGGAAGAUGGAGGAUGGCACUCUUCACCCCUCUUGUCAUUCCAGGGUGGAAGAGAUGCCUAACACGGGUGACAGGAAAACCCUGGGGCCCUGUGGACAUACAGAGAUUGCCAGAAACGUUGAUGUAAAAUCCUAUCCUAGACCCAGGUGCUGGGUACUGUCUCAGUCACUCUGGCGUGAUAAGCUGAAGGUCAAAGUCUUUGUAUUAUUCAAGACUGGCUGGCUAAUCUUUUUAAUUACUUGGAGAUUGAUUUUCAAUCUAUUACUAAUAUCGAUAUGUUACCUUUUACACCAUUUACUUCCCUCUCUUGAUUUUAAUCGAUUAGUAAUGUUUUAGUUAAUGACUUCUUGGACUUAGUGUUUUAGAGGUGAUUCAUUAUCAAGAUAAUCAUCAUAAACAGGGCAAGGCUGGCUGUUGUACCUUACUUUGAAUGCAGGAAGCAGAAAUCGGUAUCCCCUCUGGAUUGAGGUGUGGGUGGAAGAUGUUGUCACUCAAGCUGAAAUCCACUGAUGAGGUACCCACCCCUUGAAAGCUACUGCUCAGGGCCUCUGGGUGCUCAGGUUCCACUCCAGACUUACGAUCCCUUGAAGUCUACCAUAGUGUAGUGAUGAUUUCAGGGAACUUUGGGUAAAAAAUGCUCAGAGAGCGGGUGUGUGGGCUUAGCUUCAAGAUAGUGCCAGGGUGGAACAUUGAUGAAAAGUAAGCCCCACUUGAGUAUUGAGUAACCAGCAAGCAGAGGUAGGAACCUGGGGCUCAUUUUCUUAUUCUCCCUGCCAUUGCAUAGGCUUGAACAUUUCUAUCAUGAAAAGUUGAAUAGUGAAAUGGAAAAAUGGCCCAGACCAGAGAUGGACCCUGUUCAUGAUGUUUUCUACAAAGGAAUAGGUGUCUCAGGACACGUAGAUACUUUGUUUGCUAUUGAAGGAUUUGGCUGGCCUUUGUUCCUGGUUUGGGGGUGUGGGGGGGUGUUAAGUCCUUGGAAUUUCCUGAGAGGAUGGAGUGUCAUUGUUAUUUGUCUGCCUUGUGGGUCACAGUGGAAUUUUUGUCAAGAGAGGAGAUGACCCAGGAUGGCAGCUGGCCACUCUAAAGCCCAGCUUGAUGAUUGAUCGGAGGGUUGGGGCAUUGAGCUCCAAGGACCCCUUUAAAGAAGAAGAGAGAACUGGGGUUUGAGGUCAGUCGGAGACCUCUGGGAAUCCUGCCGGUAAACAAUGGUUCAGUUCCAGCUCUGGUGGAGACCUGAUGCAACUUCUCUACAGAUGAACACAUACGUGCCUGUGCUUCAGGCUGAUGUAUUCUUGUCCUGGACAAGGAAGGACAAGGAAGCUCUGUGCUUCAGACCCUUCCAGACCUUGCCCUGUUUGUGUUCCUAUGUGACUGUUUCUGAUUCUUUUCAUUUCAAUAAAGUUCAAAUCAUAAAUACAGUA